AUGACUCUUAUAGGGGACAACAUGGGAGCAGAUCUUGCAAAACAGUGGCUGCACAAAAAUUACCAGCAGGUUCUGGCACUGAUGUUUGCUGUGGAGGAAAUCAACAGAGACCUCCGGCUGCUCCCUAAUACUACCUUGGGGUUUCACAUCUACAACACCUACCAUAGCGAUUCCAGGACCAUGGAGAGCUCCCUGCGGUGGCUGUCCGGUCAGGGCCAGACCAUUCCAAAUUUCAGCUGUGAAAGGCAGGACAAGGCGAUAGCUGUUAUUGGAGGAGCCACAUCUGCUCUUUCUGUCCAGAUGGGGACACUACUGGAGCUCUACAGAUUCCCACAGAUAAGUUAUGGCCCCUUUGAUUCUGCCCUGAGUGACAAGUCCCAGUUUCCUUCUCUCUACCAGUUGGCCCAUCAGGACUCCUCCCUGCACCUGGGCAUUGUCCAACUUCUUUUACAUUUUGGCUGGACCUGGGUGGGCCUGGUUGUUACUGAUGACUUGAGAGGUGAGAAGUUCCUCUGGGACAUGGGAGAAGAGAUGAGAAGACACAAAGCCUGUGUGGCCUUCACAGAGAAGAUCCCUGUCAGUGAGAGACGCCAUGCUGAAUCCCAGGUGGAUUUCAUGCCCAGAAUUCUGGGAUCAUCAGCCAAGGUGAUCGUCAUCCAUGGUGAUACAGACUCACUGAUGAUCCUGAGAUAUUCACAGCCACCUAUAUUUGUAAUCUGGAAGAUUUGGAUUAUCACUCCUCACUGGGAUGUCACCAUGAGACCUUACAAUCAUGAUGGAGAUGCUUUUCAUGGAGCUCUCAUAUUUUCACAUCAGACAAGCGAAAUUCCUGGUUUCAAAGCAUUUCUCAGGACAGUCACCCCAGCCAAAUACCCAGGAGACAUUUUCCUUAAGAGCUUUUGGGUCUCGGCAUUUGAAUGUCCAGAUGAGCCCCAAAAACUAGAACUAGAAGACUGUUCAGUAAAUGCUUCCUUGGAAUUGCUUCCUUUGCACUAUUUUGACAUGACCAUGUCCAGCCAAAGUUACUUCCUCUACAAUGCUGUGUAUACCGUGGUCUGGGCUCUUCAUGAAGUGCUCCAGGAAAGAUCAGAAAUGGGAUCUGUGAGAGAUGAAGGCUUCCUGGUGCUUCAACCAUGGCAGACUCUCCAGGCUGUUUGCUCUAAAAACUGUGGAUCUGGAUUUAGAAAAAUUGCCCGGGAGCGAGAGCCCGUCUGCUGCUUUGACUGUGUCCAGUGCCCAGAAGGGGAGAUUUCCAACCAGAGGGAUAUGGACAAUUGUGCGAAGUGCCCAGAAGAUCAAUAUCCCAACAGAGAGAAAGACCAGUGUCUCCCAAAGGUAGUGACCUUCCUCGGUGUCCAAGAACCUCUGGGAUGGACUCUGACCUGCAUGACUCUCUCCUUCUCUCUCCUCACAGUUUUGAUUCUCAUUAUCUUUGUGAAGCAUCAAGACACUCCCAUUGUCAAGGCCAACAACCGGGUCCUCAGCUACAUCCUUCUCAUCUCUCUCAUCUUUUGCUUCCUCUGUCCUCUGUUUUUCAUUGGCCGUCCUACCACAGCAACCUGCCUUCUUCAGCAAACUACAUUUGGAAUUGUGUUCACAGUGGCAGUUUCCUCCAUUUUGGCCAAAACCAUCAUGGUGGUUCUAGCCUUCAAGGCCAAAAUACCUGGCAGCAGGAUGAGGAAGUGGAUGCAGCCUAAGGUAUCUAAUACUUUAGUCUUCUUCUGCUCUGGGAUCCAAGUGAUUCUCUGUGGGAUCUGGCUGGGGAUCUCUCCCCCUUUCUUAGGUACAGACACUCACUCUGAACCUGGCCACAUCAUCAUUGAGUGCAAGGAGGGCUCUGUCAUUGCCUUCUACUGUGUCCUGGGCUAUAUGGGCUUCCUGGCCCUGGGAAGUUUCAUAGUGGCUUUCCUGGCCAGGAACCUCCCUGACACCUUCAAUGAAGCCAGGUUCAUCACCUUUAGCAUGCUGGUCUUCUGCAGCGUGUGGAUCUCUUUCCUCCCCACAUACCAGAGUUCCAAGGGGAAGGCCAUGGUGGCUGUGGAGGUUUUUGCCAUUUUGGCUUCGAGUGCUGGCUUACUGGGCUGCAUUUUUUUCCCUAAGUGCUAUGUGAUCCUGCUACAGCCAGAACGGAACACUCCGAAAUGUUUCCGGAACAAAGCAGACUCAAGAGCCCAGAACUUGUUCCUAAAACAUGUCUAG